GCGAGCGGGGAUAUUAACAUUUUAACAUGUUUUUCCUCCGAAACAUCGUCUUUUUUAUCGUGUUAGCUUAUCAAAAAAUGAAUCCAUGAAUUUGCUAAUUGCUCACGAUUACUGCAACUGACGUGUAAUUAAUUCGUUGAUAUUGAAUGCUCUCUCAUUUGCGUUUUAAACGUCACUUAAUGUUUCCAAUUCGAGGUUAAGUCUGGAUUUCAUUGUACAUAUUUUCCUGUUUAGAAGUAUUUGUUUAUGAUUGGCCGUCAGUUUAAAUAGCUAGUUUAAUGUUCUUUACUGCAAAAUAAUCAUUUCAUUCAACAUGAAAGCGCGGAAGUUGUUUGCGGUGCUUGGAGCAGGUUUAAUUUUAGCUUGUUGUGUUAUGAUUUACUUGAUGCUUGAUGUCACUCUUUUUCCACAACGCGAUACAAAAUCCGACGUGAAAUAUAAUCAAUGGCUUCAUUUCGAAAGUAGAUUAGCCAAAUUGGAAGAAGAUUUGAAUCGUCAUCACAAAGCUGUGAAUGCUUUGCAUGCAGCUGCUCAAAAGAUAGUAGAAGUACCACCAGAUGACAAGAACAUCAAUGUAAAUCCUUUCAUCGAUCUGAGAGCAGAAAAGCCAGCAGUGUGCACUGUAAACUUUAGGCAGAUACCAGAAGUUGAUAUUCAAAUGCUUGAAAUUUAUAAACAACUGAAAUUUGAUAAUCCAGAUGGUGGAGUAUGGAAGCAAGGAUGGAACAUAAAAUAUGAUGAAAAACAAUGGCAUCCCAGUAGGAAACUUAAAAUUUUUGUUGUACCUCACUCUCACAAUGAUCCAGGAUGGUUAAACACCUUUGAAAAGUAUUAUGCUUACCAGACUCAAGGCAUAUUAAAUAACUUAGUCAAUAAGUUAUCUGAAGAUAGAAGAAGGAAGUUUAUUUGGGCAGAAAUUUCAUUUUUCAAACUUUGGUGGGAUGAGCAAACUCAAUCAACUCGUGAUGUUGUGAAGCGACUUGUACACGAUGGUCAAUUGGAAAUUGUUGCUGGAGGAUACGUUAUGCCAGAUGAAUCUGUUUCACACUGGGUGGCUCAAUUAACUCAAUUAACUGAGGGCCAUCAGUGGUUAAAAACAAAUUUGGAUUUUGUACCAAAUACUGGCUGGGCUAUUGAUCCUUUUGGUCUUUCGCCCACAAUGCCUUAUUUACUGAAAAAUGCUGGCCUUGAAAAUAUUGUUAUUCAAAGGGUACACUAUUCAGUGAAGAAGAAACUGGCUCAAGACAAGCAUUUAGAAUUCCGUUGGCGUCAAUUGUGGGACAACGAUGGUUCGUCGGAAAUAUUUACACACAUGAUGCCAUUCUACAGUUACGACAUACCACACACUUGUGGACCAGACCCGAAAGUUUGCUGUCAAUUUGAUUUUUACCGUCUUCCAAGUUUCGGUUUCACAUGUCCUUGGAAAAUACCCCCUAAAGCAAUAACAAAAUCCAACGUGGGAGAAAGAGCUGCCAUGCUGUUGGAUCAGUAUCGCAAGAAAGCUCAACUCUUCAAAUCUAACGUUGUGUUGAUUCCUUUGGGAGAUGAUUUUCGAUACUCGCACGUAACGGAAUGGGACGCACAAUUUACGAAUUAUCAGAAACUUUUUGAUUACAUGAACAAUGAUCGUCAGAUGAACGUUGAGAUACAGUUUGGUACGUUAAACGAUUACUUUGAAGCUUUACGCAGCCAACGAAGUACAGAUGAUUAUCCAAGCUUGAGCGGUGAUUUCUUUACGUACUCUGAUAGAGAUGAUCAUUACUGGAGUGGGUAUUACACUUCCAGGCCAUUCCAUAAACGACUCGAUCGAGUACUCAUUGGAGCAUUGAGAAACUCCGAGUUGUUAAGCACGAUUGCUUGGAUGAGAGGCAACGAUCACAUAAUUGAGGAUAAAAUGGCGACACGUCUGGAUAUAGCGAGACGCUGGCAUUCGAUAUUCCAACAUCACGAUGGCGUUACGGGUACCGCCAGAGAUCACGUCGUCAUUGAUUACGCUCAAAAAAUGUUAACAGCGCUCAACGAUUCCGCUCACGUACUUCAACAAUCGGUUGUGCAUCUACUAAAGAGCCCCCAAAAAACUCCUGUCGAUUUGGAAGAAAUGUACCUGUCCUUGGAUGAGACUAGGUCUCAUCACACGAGUCCAGGAGAUAAGUACGUGAUCUCGCUCAGCGACGACAUCACCUCGAGGAAAGUAUUGUUCUACAACUCUCUUCCAAGAUCGAGGACUAAAGUAGCAAGUAUUUAUGUCUCGUCACCGUACGUACGAGUAACUGACAAAAUGGGCCGAGCCCUUCAAUGUCAGAUCUCUCCGGUUUGGGUCAGUCCAGGCGCCAUAUCCGGUGCCAGAUAUGAAUUAUCUUUUCUAGUCACUGUACCUGCUUUCGCUAUAGUUACAUAUAUAGUACAUACUUUACACGGCACAAGCUUUCCAGAGGAAGUACAUUUAGCAAAUGUAGUUGUAUACAAUACUCCAUAUCCACUUUCGGCGGUACCUGGAUUUAGUAAUGUACAAACCCAUCCUUUUAUGCAAGAGUUUUCCAUAAGUCAGCGAGCGGAAUUAUCAGUAGUCUUUGGCAAAACAGGAUUGUUGAAAGCUCUUCGCGUAAACAAUACCACGUACCCGGUACACUUGGAAUUCGUCAAGUACGGGACACGCGGUGCUGGCCAAGACAAGAGUGGAGCUUAUUUAUUUUUACCUGAUAAGUCCGAGCCCGAUCCAGUAUUAGCCGGCAAUAAUAAGAUAGUUCACUUAGUUACUGGGCCUAUUUUGUCGAGAGUUUUUACCGAUCUUCCUUACGUUAAGCACAUAUGUACAUUGUAUAAUUCUACGGGUAGCGAUGGACUUGGAUUGCACAUUAUGAACGAGGUCGAUAUCACGGAAACUCAAAAUUUUGAGCUUGCAAUGAGAAUCGGCACCGAUAUUGCAUCUGGUGAGGUGUUUUAUACGGAUUUGAAUGGUCUUAAUAUGAUAAAACGACAGAGGUUUUCAAAAAUACCAACUCAAGGAAAUUACUAUCCUCUCGCAGCGGCGGGCUAUAUUGAAGAUAAUCGCGUGCGAAUGAGUAUUCUUACGGGUCAACCUCUUGGAGCAACUUCUAUGUCGUCUGGUCAAUUUGAGAUUAUGCAGGAUAGAAGAUUAAUGCAAGAUGAUAAUCGAGGUUUGAGCCAAGGCGUAACUGACAAUUUGUUGACUUACCAUCAAUUUACUUUACUUUUUGAAAAACGACAAGAAUUAUGCACACAUCCGAUUCCUCCAGCUGACCACCCAUCUGGUCUUCUGUCGUUAGCUGGUCAUUUAGCGCUAGACGAUUUACUUCACCCUGUAGUUGCGUUACAUCCCCGAUCGAUGCCACAGUUCGAGAUGAAUCCAACUUUUUCACCCCUUAGUACGAGUUUACCCGUAGACUUGAGCGUCGUUAACCUCCGGGUAAUUCCAAUCCCAGACGGAGCAGGUAAAGGCGUAGCAAUGGUGUUGCACAGACAAGGAUUGAACCUUUGCUGGGGUGAUCCAGAACUACAACAACGCUUUCCUGUUUCCAAGACUGGUGAGGUGGAUCUCAGCAAGUUCCUCGACUCAAUGCAGGAUUGGACCAUCAGUGAUGCACCUCUGACUUUUACUAAUGUUGGACCCUCGCGGAGAUCCCCUAUCGUGAAUUUGUGCCCCCAUCAAUUACUGUCACUUUUGUUUCACAAAACAGAGUCGUAAGCCGACGCGUUACGCUUAUUUUUUAAUUUUUCAAUUUAAUUACUUGACUCGGUUAACUAAUUUCCACAUCAAUUAAAACUCAUAAUAAGAUGCUAUUUAUUAUGUAUUUUUAUGAAUUUUCACAUUUUUAAUAGAAUGUGGUUUUUUUAAAAUGUGUUUGCAUUCGAAAAAAAGCAUUUUUAUAACGAUUUUAUAGCGAUAAAAAGGAUAACAUUGCAUAAUUAGACUUAGUAAAUUAUUAGUGAUUUUAUAAUGUAAUUUUAUAAAAUUCUAAUUUAGUAGAAACUUUGUCUCUUGGACAAUAUAUUACCGAGGAAUGAAAAAGUAAUCAAAACGAAAUAUUAUUCUUGCAUGAGGUCAAAAAUCUUAAAAUAAAUAUUAUUUUGAGAGUAAAUCUCAAUGUUAUAACUAGCGCAGGAAGAAUUAAUGUCAAGUUAUUCUUCUAGAUAAUUUAUUUAAAUUAUUCAGAGGAUUUUAUAUUUAAAUUUAAUAUUAAAAUUUGAUUGUGCAUAAAUAAUGUAGAUGCCAUUACUUAUUAUUAAAUUGAGAAAAGUUACAUACAAAUAUUAUUUAUCGAUGUCGGCCUAUAGUAAGAAACAUUUGGUUUGGAAAAUAGAUUUUUAGGACUUUAUGAUUUCAAUAAAAUAUUUUAAUAUACUGCGACUGCUUAAAGUACAGAUGAAGUGUUCAUGUAAAU